AUGUCCACACUCAAAGUUCUCGUUGUAGGCGGAGGCAUCGCCGGCCCCUCAGUAGCCCACUGGCUCUCCCGUACUGGCGCAGAAAUCACCCUCAUCGAGCGCUCCCCCAAACCCAGAACAAACGGCCAGCAGCUUGAUCUUCGUCAUCAAGGUGUAGCGGUAAUGAAGAAAAUGGGUAUUGAGCCUGCGAUUCGCGCUAAGCAUGUUCAUGAAGUCGGAACGCAGAUGAUUGACACGAAUGGCCGGACCAAAGUGUUCUUCCCGACGAUUGAGAGCGGGACUGGGCAUCAGAGUGUCACGACCGAGUAUGAGAUUAUGCGUGGUGAUCUCGUCAAUAUCCUGUUGGGGCUUACGCGGGAUAAGAAGAAUGUGAAGCAUCGCUUUGGAACAAGUGUUGCGAGCCUGACGCAGGAUGAUGAGAGUGAUCCGAAUGGCAAGGUCCAUGUCGGGUUUGAUGAUGGUCAAAAAGGCGAUUUUGAUCUCGUCGUCGCUGCUGAUGGCACGGGUUCGAGGACGCGACAGCUCAUGCUUGGACCUGAUGCUCCAGAUCCACGACAUUUCCUCGGUGGCUACAUCGGCUUCUUCAGUGUCUUGUCCAAACCACACGACACAAAUCGCUUCACGUUCUGCCAUAUGCCUGGCUCACGCUGGCUCGGCACAAGAAAGGACAGUCCAGACAUGACACGCGUGUACAUGAACAUACAGAGUCAGAACGAGGGUCUCGCAGCGGCGCACAAGUCGGGAAAGCUAGAUGAUCUCAAGGCUGCUUGGGCGGAUGUCUUCGCAGAUGGAAAAUGGGAGAGUGCUCGGUUCAUGGAGGCCUUGAAGAAUUCAUCAGAGGUAGAUGAUCUCUAUUCCACGCCCUGCCAAGAAGUUCGACUCCCGCCUGGAUCAUGGUCCAAAGGCCGUGUCGUAGCCCUCGGCGACGCAGCGCAUGCUCAGACUGCAAAUGGCUUCGGAACAACAUGGGGUAUGGUCGGAUCAUACAUCCUCGCUGGCGAAGUAGCGACUCUGUACAAGCAAGAUCCCAGCAAGGGAGUUGUGCAGGGCGUCAAGCGAUAUGAGGAGGUCUUUCGACCGAUAGCGACGUCUCUGCAGGGCGACCAAAGCGCAUUUGCUAAAGCGAUGUUUGCGCCAAAGACGCAACUUGGGGUGCUGAUGCUUCACACGCUGGGAAAACUGGCAUUGUGGUUCAAGCUAGAUCAAGGAAUGGGCCUUGACUCCAAGAUCGCAAACUGGCAACUUCCAGAAUAUCCAGUACUAAACGCUGAAAAAUAA